AUGGGUGAAAGGGAAUGUUCAGUUCUCCUUGUAAAACCUUUGCUUAGCCUUAAGAAGACCUUCUUUUACAAUUUCUUUCCAUCAAAAGAAGAAGAAGAAACUUGCAAACUUAACAAUACUCCGUAUGUAGUGACUCGAGAGCUAAUUGAGAUACGGGAUAUCUAUCCUCCCCCAAAAAUCGAUUUGGAAAACCCAUGGCAGAUCAAGAUAAAGAUUACCAGUUAUGAGGUUGAGGCAGGAGCCCUGUUGAUUCCAUAUAUUGAGACGUUUGAGUACAUUCUUCGAUACUGGACAUUGGACAUGGCCAAAAUUUUGGUGAGCGGGUGCGGGGUGUGUGUUCAAGUGUGGGAUGUAACAAUAGAUAAUGCUCCUAAGAAGUAUGAAGGUGAGCGUGUUUACUUAUGGAAGCUGUGCAACGAUGACCAUGCUCUUUCGUGCAUUGAAUUGUUCAACAAUAACAGAUUGGGAGUCGGUGAUGAAAUUGGGCUGUUUUGGGAUCCUAGAUCUUCAAAUUUUAUGUUCAAAUUACUUUAUAAUCAAAGAAUGCGGCUGAUUCAUUUGUAG